GGGAGACUAUGCAGCCCGCCAUACAGAAGUGUACAGGGCAGUGGAUGUAAAUAAACCGUGUACUGUAUCCAUACUUUUCUUAUUCCCACCCCCUUUUGCCCAAGACAGAGACGGGGCUUGGAUAAUGAUCGGGGGAAAAGAUUAGUGGGGACACCCAAAAUUAAUUAAUCUGAUAACGUAAGGGGCCUUCUGAAAAAUCCGAUUCAUUUUAAGGAAUCGUAAAGUCCUUGUAGCGAAGACAGACGACACCGCAAGAAAAAAAAGGAAGAGAGAGAGAGAGAAGGGUGAGGACCGGGAGUGCUGGGGAGCUCGUCGCCGGCUUCCGGACAUUCGGGGCGGCAUUGAAAUCGCAGACGUCGCUCCUGGAGGGAAAGCGAGCCAAAUAUCUUCAGCACUGGACUAAAAUCUCUGGAAGCGGUAGAAUUGGUUUUAGCGAUGUCCAGGAAAGUCCAAAGAAGCGAGGUGUGCGCCGACUGCAGUGCACCAGACCCAGGCUGGAGCAGUAUAAACCGAGGGGUUCUGAUCUGCGACGAAUGCUGUUCUGUGCACCGGAGCCUCGGCCGUCACAUUUCCAUCGUCAAACACCUGCGACACAGCGGCUGGCCUCCUUCUUUACUGCAGAUGGUGCAGACCCUGGCCAGUAAUGGAGCAAACUCGAUCUGGGAACACUCUCUGCUGGAUCCAGCACAAGUUCAGAGUGGGCGCAGGAAACCGAACCCACAAGAUAAAGUCCACCCCACUAAGUCAGAGUUCAUUCGCGCGAAGUACCAGAUGUUAGCCUUCGUCCACAAGCUGCCCUGCCGUGAUGAUGAUGGGGUCACUACGAAGGACCUCAGCAAGCAACUCCACUCAAGUGUGAGGACAGGAAGUCUGGAGACGUGUUUACGGCUGCUGUCACUGGGGGCACAAGCCAACUUCUUUCACCCGGAAAAGGGCACAACCCCUCUACAUGUGGCUGCCAAAGCAGGGCAGGUUCUCCAGGCUGAACUGCUGGUGGUGUAUGGGGCGGAUCCAGGAGCUCCAGAUAUCAAUGGCCGCACACCUAUAGACUAUGCCCGCCAAGCAGGUCACGUGGAGCUUGCCGAGCGUUUGGUAGAGUGUCAGUAUGAGCUCACAGACAGACUGGCCUUCUAUCUGUGUGGACGUCGCCCAGAUCACAAGAACGGUCAUUACAUCAUCCCUCAGAUGGCAGACAGAGCUCGCCCUAAGUGCCCGACGCAGAGCCUGGACCUCUCUGAACUGGCCAAGGCAGCCAAGAAGAAGCUUCAAGCGUUAAAUAACCGUUUGUUCGAGGAGCUGGCUAUGGAUGUGUACGAUGAAGUGGACCGUAGAGAGAACGAUGCAGUGUGGCUGACAACUCAGAACCACAGUACGCUUGUGACCGAACGGAGUGCCGUCCCCUUCCUACCCGUCAACCCUGAAUACUCAGCGACACGCAACCAGGGGAGGCAGAAAUUGGCUCGCUUUAACGCACGGGAAUUCGCCACCCUCAUUAUCGACAUUCUCAGUGAUGCCAAGCGACGGCAGCAUGGAAAAGGCUUGACAAGCCCCACAGACCCGCUGGAUCUGAGUCAGGCGGACGAUGACCAGCACGAUUAUGACAGCGUAGCGUCUGAUGAAGAUACAGACAGUGAGCUAACCGCACAGAAUAACAACAACACCCAGCGCAACAACCGGGCCAAGAGCAUGGACUCGUCAGACCUGUCAGAUGGGCCCAUCACACUACAGGAGUAUCUGGAGGUGAAGAAAGCACUGGCCUCCUCAGAGGCCAAAGUUCAGCAGCUCAUGAAGGUCAACAACAACCUGAGUGAGGAGCUGCGGAGGCUUCAGAAGGAGAUCACGCGGAUGCAGACGGAGAACAGCGCGCUGCGGGGGGCCCAGGUUGGGGCUGGGGGCACUUUGACUGGGGGUGGUAGCUCAGGGCUUUGGCCUGGUGGGGUAAGGGGUACAGGCGGAGGUGGAGGGGUAGGCGGAGACUCCAGCCUACAUGCACCCUCAUCUGCUCCACUCCGUCGGGAUAGACAGGCCUUCUCUAUGUAUGAGCCUGUGGGGACCACCCCCAAAGCUCUCACCCCAGCCCUGGACCCCCUGACGGGCCGCCUGCAGCCUCUCAGCCCCGUGCGAAAGGGCGCUCCUGCGGGUCCCACCCCCUACGGAGGACCGCACCUGUCAGCCUCCACUGACGGCCGAUAUAAUCUUCCAAAAGCGGGAGAGAAAUAUGGCAGCGGAACUGAUAGUGACUAUGACAACUCUCAAACAUACGACGUCUCUCUUGGUGUGGGCCGCAGCAGCGAGGAGGACAGCAGGGGUGACAUGGAAGACACAGAGGGUGAGCCGGACCCCACGCUGCCCUGCACCGAGGACGUCAUCCUCAAAACCGAGCAGGUCACCAAGAACAUCCAAGAGCUCCUGAGAGCCGCACAGGAGUUCAAACACGACAGUUUCGUGCCAUGCUCAGAGAAAAUCCACUUAGCUGUGACAGAAAUGGCCUCGCUGUUUCCCAAGAGACCAGCGCUAGAUGCAGUACGUUCCUCCUUGAAGCUUCUAGCGGCCAGCGCAUCCCGUCUGCAAGUGGAGUGUCGUAAAGCGGCGCCGUCCGACUCGUCGGCCAGUACGGUGGACUACCAGCUCCUCACCCAGCAGGUCAUCCAAUGCGCUUACGAUAUCGCCAAAGCUGCCAAGCAGCUGGUCACCAUCACCACCCGUGAGAAAAAACAGUGACCCUCCGGCACGCCAGGGUCUGCCGGGCAGGGGCAAAGACUGAGAAAUCGGCUGGGAAUCGUUGGUCAGGUAGAUGGAGAAAAGUAUGGGAAUGAAGAUGGGGAAAAGAAAUACAGCUGCGGCCACCCGGACGCAGAGAUGUGGAAUGUUUGGGAGAAGCCGAAUGGAGCGGCCUGCUUUUCCUUUCUUUCCUUUCAGUAUUUCAGGAGGAUUUCCUUUCAUCUACACAUCUAAAUAUAACAACACUACACAGACAGACCCAUACUUCACUGCUGGUGGUCUGUUAGCGCAUGGGCGGCUACUUUUUGGUUUUCUUCGUGAAACACAAGCACUCCUAACUAUAAAAGAACCAGAAACGUUCCUCCUAAGUUGUUCAUUUUCAGUCUUUUCUCUCUUAUGUUUUUAAGUGCCGCUCCAUUGGCCUGUUUCUCUUGGGACAAAUGUACUGACUUUAAACAACAACACUGGAGUUAUUUUAAUGAUUUGUUUUCGUAUUCUUGUUACAAUUAUUGAUGUCUUUUCAUUUCAUUUAGUUUCGGUGGAGCUUUGCGAACAUUAACAGGGGUGAACAAUAACCUGUGAAACUAACCAGAACACUCCCGUCCUCCAGUGGUACAAGCACUGGUUCACUCACACAGUGUUUUACUAUGUAUACUACAUUUUUUUUUGUUUUUUUUUUUGUCAAAGUGCGUUGAACACUAGCCAAAGGAGCAGAGGGGAGUGAUGACACUACAAAUGCGGAUCCCUCUUUUUUCGUCUUCGAGCACAAAGAUGGCGGUUGGGGUUGAUGUACAGAAAAAGGCUGGUUCAUCUCAUCUCAAUCCCUACGUUUGUGGGUUUCGGUAUCAGAACAAUGCAAAUGUGUUAGCACAAUCAUCACAUUGUCUUUAGCGUAUUAGGUUUGGACGGAACCAUCACUUUUGGGACAUGUUCAUUUCCUGCACAUAAUCGAAUGGCCUUUUUUGUCAGUUUAGUGGAGUUUUAUCUUCAGGACCAGGCUUUCUUAUUUUUGUGUGGUGGUUGUUUGUUUUCCUUUUGAGAAUAUUUGAUUUUUUUUGUUCUUUAUAAUUCAUGUUUUUUUAAUCGAGCAUAUGUAGUUAAUGGUUAUUAAUGUAAGAAGACCCUAUUAUGUUUUAUAAGCUACGAGUAUGUGAAUGUUGAUGGUUGAAGAUGACCACUGUCAAUGUUCUCAUCACUAACAUUUCAUGUACAGUUGAGGUCAGAAGUUUACAUACACCUUGCAGAAUCUGCAAAAUGAUUAACGUUUUACCAAAAUAAGAGGGAUCAUACAAAAUGCAUGUUAUUUUUUGUUUAGUACUGACUUGAAAAAUAUAUUUCACAUAAAACAUUUACAUAUAGUACACAAGAGAAAAUAAUAGUUGAAUUUAUAAAAAAUGACAGUUCAAAAGUUUACAUACACUUGAUUCUUAAUACUGUUUUUACCUGAAUGAUCCACAGUUGUUUUUUGUUUAGUGAUAGUUGUUCAUGAGUUCCUUGUUUGUCUUGAACUGUUAAACUGCCUGCUGUUCUUCAUAAAACAAAAAAAAAAAAAGUUUUUUUUUUUUUUUUGCGUUUUUGUGUAUUUGAUCCAUCUUUUCACACUGAGGACAACUGAGGGACUCACAUGCAACUAUUACAGAAGGUUCAAACACUCAUUGAUGCUCUAGAAGAAACACAAUGCAUUAAGAGCUGGGGGUGAAAACUUUUGAACAGAAUGAAGAUGUGUACAUUUUUCUUUUUUUUUUUCUUUUUUUGGCUAAAUAUCUUUUUUUUUCUUUUUUUUCUUUUUUUUUUUUUUCCAUUUAGUACUGCCCUUCAGAAGCUACAGAAAAUAGUUACAUGUUUCCCAGAAGACAAAAUCAAUUAAAUUUGCCCUGAUCUUCAAAUUCAAAAGUUUUCAGCUUUUGAAGCCCCCCCUGGCUCUUAAUGCAUUGUGUAAAUGGGUCAUUUUUAUAAAUGUAACUAUUACUUUCUCUUGUGAACUAUAUGUGUGUCUUUUAUGUGAAAUAUCCUCUUCAGGUCAGUACUAAAUAAAAAAUAACAUGCAUUUUGCAUGAUCCCUGUUAUUUUGGUAAAAUAAUGAACAUUUUGCAUAUUCUGCAAGGUGUAUGUAAACUUCUGACCUCAGCUGUACAGUCACAGGGAAAACGCGUCACAUCAGUGAGGAUGUCCAUCUGCUGCAUCAGGACCAGUGAAGUUGCAUUCUGUGGGCAUCCGGGGUCACUUUUGUUGAGAAUUGUGGGAAACGAGUCCCUCGCUAUGUCGAUGUUCAUGGGAGAGGAGCUGAACUGGAGCUUCCAGUAUGUACGCACAUGUAGAUGAGCAUCUGCGUGUGCGAGCACGAUCAAACCGAGUAUUUGUUGUACAGUUAUUUUGCAUUUUGGACGUCAUGCUACGAGCCUUAAACUUCCUGUUGUUUUCCAUACCGGUUUUACCCACCAGCCUUUUAAGUUAAGCCAUUUUUCGUUUUUGCCUUUUGUUUAACUUGGGGAAUGGGAUAAUGUUUGCAUCCCCUGAAAACGUGUCAAAAGAUUGUCUCUGAUCAUUGCCUUUGCACAUCUGCUAGACUGACUUUAAUCAGUGAUCAUGUGACUGGCGUCUCGCUCUUCCACACUAGAAGCACAUGAUGAGUACAACAGUGUAUGCUUUAAUCCCCCCCCCCCAACCCCCAAGAUGUACACUAAACAUGUCUGGAUGGUUUGCUACGGUGAUGGGAGAAAGAGUUCGGGCCGUUAUUUAAUAAGCACUAAAUUCAGAGAUAUCUGAGAAAGGAAGUCAUUGCACACUCACUAUGUCCAACUCUCAAUCUGAUUUCUUUCAGAGUAGUUAAUAGAUUUUCCCAGCCAUCCUGCUGCAUACAUUGCUCACAUAAUGCACCGGUGAAAUUAUUUUUAAAUAGAUGAAUACACACACACAAAGACACACACACUUCCGUGAUCAGUCAUACUGGCUGCACUCUACUUAUUAUGACUGUUCUUUAUCACGUGGUUCUUACAUGAGAGAUUAACUGAUGGGAGAAAUUUGUUUAGCAGAGGCUACCUGUAAAAUAUAGAAAUUAAAUAAAAGACUAAGCAAAACCAUUUAAAUCGUAAUAAAGACUCAUAAGCUGUACAUUUGUAAUAAAUAAAAGAAAAAGUUCAUUGUC